AUGGCGUCCGCGACACGCAGCCCCCCAGGCACCACCACCACCGUGUCCAAGCCCGCCGUGCCCAACCGAACUCUCUAUGUCCGUAAUCUGCCUGACAAACUGGGCAAGGAAGACCUGAAACGCAAUCUCUACAUGCUCUUUGCGACCUAUGGCGUAGUCAUCGACAUAGUGGCCCUCAAGACAAUGAAGAUGCGGGGCCAGGCGCAUGUCGUCUUCCGUGAUGUUGAUUCGUCUACGCAGGCCAUGCGUGCGCUGCAAGGCUUCACAUUCUUUGGCAAAGAAAUGCAAAUCGCCUAUGCAAAGACCAAGUCGGACGCAAUAUCGAAGCUCGAUGGAACCUACAAAUUGCCCGAACCUGAGAAGACUGGAGAGGAGCCGGAAGACAGUGCGGGACAAUCUGCUGGAUUUGGCGCUGCUCCUGCCAAGGCUGUGCCCAUCAAUGCCUCGGACGCCACAAAGGGGCAGAAGAGGACACGGGACGAAGAGGAAGAAGGAGAGGAGGAAGAUGCAGAGAUGGAGAUGGAUGUUAGUGAUUCGGACUCGGAUUGA